AGUUUUCACUUUUGUGUCGUGGUAACCGAAGUAUCUUACUAACAUAACCUUGUAGUUGCCAGUUAGCAUGUUAUUUUCCGUAUAUUUACAACAAACAGUGUUAAAAUGAAAAAAUUAACCUGUGUAGUGCCGGGUUGUGAUUCGGGAGACUCCCCUACGGAUAACAUACAGUUUCAUCAGAUACCUAAAGAAUCCGAUGUACGAAAAAAGUGGUUAAAAGCUAUAAACCGAACUGAAGCAGAAAUUAAUAAAAAGUCUCGAGUGUGUUCUAAACAUUUCAAGAGUCAAGAUUAUGCUAUUACUAAAAUAAAUUACACAAUGGGGGGAAAAGCCGCUCCAUCGGGAUCAAAGAACACCUGCGAAUUCAAGGCGCUAAAAUCUGAGGUGGUGCCAAAUCUGCAGCUACCACAAAAAUCUACGUUCAAAAUAAAAAUCAGCAAAAAGGAUAAUGCCAAACAAAUCAAAGUGGAAGAGGUGAAAGUCAAGGAGGAAAAAAUUGAAAAACUAGAGAAACCCGAAAAGAUAAAGAUGCCGAAGAGACCAGCUCCUCCUGAUAGCCCUCCUCCGCGAUCCAGGACACAAUCUAGGAGGGCAGCCAGUAAAGAAGCUCUGAAACAAAUGCAGCUGUUGUUGGAUGAUGAAAAUGAUACUGUGGAAAUUCCUGAUGAUGUAAUACCAAUAGACACAUCUCCGCACGUCCCACCACCUCCGAAGAAAAAGUACAAAUUGAGUCAUAGAAAAUCAUCAGACGGUAAUACCAUCAAACCGGCCGUUGACAGAGAAGCAGUAGUUUUGAAAACAAUUACGAAUCGAGAUGCAGAGAAUACACUCGAAUUGGAUUGCUGGAUUGAACCACUCGAAGAGAUUCAAAUCAACCGCAGUAAAAAACUCCAAGAAGAAGAAAAAGAAAUCCAAGCGAAAUUAGAUUCUCUCAUAUCACAAUGUGACGCCAAAGUUAUCCACAAAGGAGAACUCAGUACCAUCGUAGAAGUAGCCGAACAAGUCCAAAGUGCUAUACAAGGCGCCCAAGCUCCUCCAACUAGCUUAAUAAUAAAUAAUAAUCUAGGAGGACAACAAAGUUAUCAACUUGUAAUGGAUCCAAGGAUGGGUCUAGUCGUUGGAGCCGUAAAUCCGACUACAACAUCACAACUACCACCUGCUCCGAAAGUAUAUCAAGGAAAAGUACAGGUGGCGCAGAAUCUUCAACAAACCCCAACGACUUCUUCGACUCUAACUACACCUCGAGUAGCAACUAGAGCUCGCGGUAGAGGAUCCACGAAUAAAAUAACACCUCCACCACCGGUGGUUACUCCAACAAGAAAAGCUGCCGGUAACCAGAACGUUUCCGUAACUCUGCAAACGCGACAAGCAAAUCAAACCAGAACACAAGCUACAACUCCGACUAGAGCUCAAACUCAGGUACAAACAACAACGCCUACGAGACUGCAGACCCAAGCGACGCCUCAGACGCGAUCGCAAGCCGCGACGCCUCAAACUAGAACAAAAGUACCUACGGUAAUUAAGAAGCAAAUCACAGUUGUGCAAACAAAUACCCCCAAUACUCGAGGAAGAGGGCCUAGUCCUAAUACGUUCACGACCCAAGUUCGACCAUCGGAAUCGAACGUAGAAGGCGGUCUGACGACCGGUUCUGCACAAGGUAGCAAGAAAGUAGUCGUCGAUCUAACUUCCGACGAUGGUAAAUCCGCACCGGACAGUAGAGAAAUUUCCUUCAAUAAACUACAAGGCAAAACGUAUCCGUCUUUGGUCGUCGUAGCCAGACCACACUUGAGGGUACAAGAUUUAUCCUUGGACAGACCGAAAUUGGACGCCAAAGUCAAAUCGGUGCUGAUGCACGCCCCUACCAAAUUCACCGAAUGGUUGAUUCAGCAAGGUUUGAUCAGAUCGGAACAGAAAUGUUCGGUGCACACCAAUACCCAAUUAAAAUUAGGAAUGUACAGCGACGUUACGAAAUUUCCAUAUUCCGGUGGUUACGUUUGGAUAUCGGAAUGUUGUCCUCAAAAAUUCGUAUCAGUGUUCAGCGGAUCCUUAUUCGAAGGCUCUCCCCAUCCUCCGAUGGUUAUUUUGAAACUAUUAUACCAUUGGGCUUGUCAAACUAACAUUCAAAAUGUUACGCAAUGGGUGAAAGUAGAUAAUUUAUACGUUAAAGGUAUGUUUACGUGGCUACGGUCUACUUGUACGGUUGCUCUACAAACUCAUAUCAGACAAAUAGGCGGUCCGGGCGUUAAAGUAGAAGUGGGCGUUAUAUCUUUGGGUACCACUUCCCAAGACGGUAACCAAAGACAAGUCAAAGUUGAAGUUUUGGGCGUUCUGGAAUCCGAAUCGAAACUAAUCCGACUCAGAGCCGUAGAACCACAAAUAGAAGGCGAUAGAAACUAUAAGAAGAGAUUCUCGAAGAUAUUGGAACCUCUGAUUCAAUGGGUACAUCCUCAGAGUAUUUUAGUAGCCGAUUUGACGGUUGACAAACAAACUUUGAUCGGUAUGGGUUUUUCCAACGUAGUACACUAUUCAUCUACCCAAUAUGGUAAUAAUAAACAGAUUAUGGAUUAUUUACGAAGGAUAGUACCAAGGAUGUUCCAAAAUACUUUGUCGUUGUUAUCCAGACAGAUAAUUCAACAGUUUCUCGAUGAAUUGGUGUGGAGGGAAUGGUUCGGAACGUCGUCACUUCAAGCAUUCGAUAAUAUAGUGUCUCAUUUAGCGGAACAAACCAAAUACGAAAGCGGUUCAUCGUUGAUAGUCCGUUUAAAUAAGGUAGCACAAAAUCCGUUCAAAAGUUGGAACAUGAAUCUCUGUAAUCCGUCUAAAACAGUUGAAAACGCCAAAAAGUCCAGAAACGCCCGAAAACCGGACCCGCCAAAGUCAACUCAACAAGCUCCUAUGGAAGUGAACCGACCGCCGAAAAGUACCUCACCUGACGUACCGGAACAAAUGGUACCUUUAGAAAACUAUUAUUACGGUACAAUCGAUACCUAUUCCAAAACCCCAAAGAUAACCUUAAAUAUGAAAUGCCCUUUCUGCAAAUCGGUAUUCGAUAACAACAUACAACUCAUGAGUCAUUUAUUCAAACACGCCCACAACGUCUCCAUGGACGCCCAACUGUGCAGAUACUGUCUAACCAGCGUCGCGACGGCGAACGAUCUAUUAAAGCACAUAGCUACAUCACAUCCCGCCGAAACCAAAUUCGACAACGGUUUCUGUUGUCUCAUAUGCGAGACUCAAUAUAUGAAUCCGUUCGUAUUGGGAAAACAUAUGUCGAAAGAACAUUGUCCCAGCGAAUUACCGUACCAGUGCGGCACUUGCGGUUAUAGGUGUUCGAAUCACAAACAGGCCAUCGAUCAUUUUUACAGGACUCACGAUAACGGUCCUACCAUACAAUGUCCCUUCUGUCUAAAAUCCACUACCGUAUUCACUUCCAGCAGAAAUAUCGUACAGAAUAUGAACUAUUUCAUUCAGCACUUACAGAAACAUCAACGCAAACAGUUCGCACGACGUUGCGGCAAAUGUAACUUAUGGUUCGUCCAAAAAGACGUCAUCAAAGAACACCAGAACAAGAUGCACAUUUCCCAAAGGGGUAAAACGGGCUUGGUACCUUGGAACGCCCCUCGGAACGGCGUUAUGGUACCCAAAUCCAAAAUGGAUAAAUACCCCGUAGACGCCGAGGUUAUCAAUUUCGCAGCUUUAACUUUCGAUCUAGGCAAAGGACUUUUGUGCAAGGAAUGCAACACCCCCAUGGAUACGCCCAAACACUUUCCGUCGUUUGAGAGCUGUCAAAAUCCCAACUGUCAGUAUUCUACUUGUUGUACCAACGCAAUGCAAGAACACAACGCGAAAUGUAGCAAAACGAACAAUCCGAUUGCAGAAGAAACUCUUCCUUUUGAAAUGUUUUGCAUAUGCGGUUUUAGUAGUUUGGACGGUAAUCAAAUGGCGAGACAUCUCGCGAUCUGCGAAAGGAAAUCAUCAUAUCCGUCUAAAAGUGAAGCGCAAUCGGCGAUUGUAACGCACAGUAUGUUGGACGUGCUCGGUUUGGUAAGGAAACCGGAGGAAUCGCCAAAACCGGAAUCGUCGAAAUCCGAAUACUCGAAACCCAGACCGAGAACAGAAAAGAAAAAGAAACAGAUGCAAGAAUUGAACGCCCUUGACGACGCCUCUAAUAUACCGGAAGCGAAUAAAGAUAACGAUAUUGUCAUGAUGGAAGAAAUCGAAGAUAACGAUUUGGAUAAAAAUAGGAACGACGAAGUCGACGCCAUCGCCUUCGACGAAAGUGAAAAUAAACAAGAAGAAGAAGAAGAAGCACAACAUCUAGAAGAUAAGGAAAAUCCCAUUAAGACUAUAGAUUGCUUGGAAAUCGAAGAAAAUCAAGACGUCGAAAUGACUCUAGAUCAAGACAAAGAUGUCGAAGUACAGGAAAAUGACAACGAAAGUAUUAAAAAUUCCGAAGAAACAAACGACAUUGAAACAACAACAGAAGAACCUAUUGAAACUAUUGCAGACGAUACCGAUGAAAAAUCUGAUAACAAAAUUGACGAUGUCGAUGAAAACGUCAAAGAAAACCAAGAGGAAAAUAUCAAAGAUACCCAAGAGAAAAACGUCGAAGAAAAUCAAGAGGAAAAUAUACAAACCGAAGAAAAUAUAGAUAAAAUAGAAGAUAACGAAAUCGAUAAGGAACAAAUUGAGGAUUCUAAUGAAAAAUUAGAAGAGGAAGAAGAAGAUAAAAUCGAUAAAGAUGAAAAUGAUUCCCAAACCGCCAUAGAAGAUGCUUCAGAUAGUCUUCGAAAUAAAUAUAAAGAAGAUGAAACAAAAGAUAAACAAGAUACCGAAGAUAAUGAAGAUUCCGAAUGUAAAGAAGACAAUAAAAAUGAAGAAGAUGAAGAAGAAGAAGAAGAAAUCGACGAUAGAACAGAAGAAAUAAAUAAAGAAACUGAACGUAGGAAAGAUGAAGAGAACCGAGAAACUGAACAAAGAGAAGAUGAAGAAAUCAAAGAAACUGAACAACGAGAUAUUGAAGAAACUGAACAAGGAGAAACGGAAGAAACUGAACAAGGGGAAGUGGAAGAAAUAGAAGAAAGUGAACAAGAAGUGGAAGAGAACAAAGAAACUGAACAAGGAGAGGUAGAAGAAAUCAAAGAAACUGUACAAGAAGUGGAAGAAAAUAGAGAAACUGAACAAGAAAUCAAAGAAACCGAAGCAACAGACAAUGAAAACGAAGAAUUUGUAAAUAAAGAAAAUAUUGGCCAUAAAGAAGAUGAAGAUAACGAAGAAAUUGAACGCGAGGAAAGUCCGGAGAUGUUGGACGAGCACGAGAAUCUCGAAGAUAACCUAGAAACGAGAGAAGGUGACGAAUGUGAGACUAGUCGACGCGAACAAUACGAAGACAGCCAACAAAUUAGAGAAAAAGACGAAAUAUACGAUGAAGAAGAUGAGGAAAAAAUCGAAGAUCCACACGAAAAACUUCUAGAUGAUAUCUCGUUGGAUAAACCGGUAGAUUUUCCAAAUGACGAAACGUUGUCGGAUCUUCAGAAUCACGUAUUGGAAAAAACUCCCGACAAAGCACCAACGAUCACUUCCGAUGAUAUACAGAGUCUUUUAUCGGACGUUGUCGGCGAAAGCGAAGCUAUGGAUACGGAAAGUGGCAAUAAACAACAAUUAGAUGAUGUAGCGGAAGAAAUGAUGGAUAUAACGGAAGAUAGUGGGGACAUACCGACACCGAUGGAUACGGACUAGUUGAAUUUUGAGAGAGAAAAAAAAAACAAUCGGAUGUUUUGGUGUGUAGAUCCGGAGGGAAACUCGACGACUCAGAAAACUUGUGUUUGAUUAAGGCGGUUAUUAGUUCCUAGAUGGAUAUGAAUCGAUACUCAGAAAUUUGAUUUUGUUUUUCCAAAUAAAUCGUUUUUUAAAUUGAUACCAGCUCAGAAAUAGUGUGUAUAUUCAGAACGAGCCACAUUUCUGAGCAAUAUUUGUUACCGGAUAAGUAAUUUUUUUAAACUUACAUUUUUUCAACUAAAUUUGAGUAUUAAACGAAAAUGAAUGUUUCUGAUAUCGUUCGAGUUAUAAAAUCUACCGGCUUCUCCAUAUGGAGCAUCUAAUAAAGUUCGUUUCCGAGUAACAUCGGGAGGCAAUUAUCUAGGUUUCUAAAACCUUGUACCGAAUCCCUUUUUAAGGAUUCUUAUGGGUAGACUGAUGUUUAAAGAAAGUGUUUGAUUGCCACUAGUAUAGAUCGGGAAUACGGCAACAACAUAACCUUAAAUUAACGCUUAUCUACAUCCCCCCCUCGGUAUUUUCUAUUUUAUUUUUCCAUAAUUUCCUGUAAUCAAUCGUAUUCGUACUAAAUACCCUAUUUACUAUCCCUACACCAAUGGUACCAACGUAGAUCCCCGUCGAGUCGCCCUUGGAUCCUUGGUGGUCCGCUUGGACCCUAUUAUAAUAAUUACGAUUAGAUUGUUUGCUCCUUCGAGCCGGAUAUUAUCGUUGAAAGGCUCCAACUACUAGAUAAUAUAAUUUUGAGUUUAUUUUUAUUAUCGAAAUGAGGCUACUAAACAUGGCAGGAAUCAGGAUACUUUUUUUGAUCAAUGGAAACCCAAGGAGUUUUUCACGAGUCGUAAGUACUUUUCCGGUACUCCAAAAGGUAGGAAUUAAAAAAAUUCGCGGACGAUUUCGUUCCAAUUCCUUCUGGUCUAAGAGUGUUGACUAGUUUUUAUUAUGUCGUCAUUAAAUUGAGUUUUUUCACCAACUCAAAUUUAAGGAUUACAUAAUAUUAGCUCGUAUCGAAUCUCUUGACGUCUUUGCUAAAUUUGUGGGGUUGCCAGUUCCCGAUCUCUUUGUAAGUAACCGUUUUUCAUUGUAUAUAUUAGCUUAUAAGAUUUCUUCUUUUUUUUUGUAUAAAAAGUGCUGUUCUAUAGAUGUAAUCGUCCGUAAAGACUCGAAGAGGUUAGAUUAAAUAGAGUUUAUUGGAUAUUUAAAUAAAUAAAAAAAAACUAAUAUGAUUAUUAUUUUAUAAAACUUUGUCCGAAAUAAAAAUGAAGCGGCAACAGUGUUUUUUUUUCUAACACUAAUGGAUCUAGUAACUUCUUCAUUAUUACUUUGAACGAAGUGUCGAACUACUUGUUUAUAUUUUUUUUUUUAUAGGUGAAAUAUAAUUUUUCAGUGUAUUUCAAAAUCGUGUUGCACUAUUUGUACGUUUAAUAAACUUGUUUUUUCUUUUUUAGUUAUUUGCGAUUUUAUUUCGAAAAUAAAAUAUUUUAAAUUA